UGAUGGCAGGGGCCUCUUCCUCUCUUUGCAGGGCAGGGAACAGCCUUCCCUCAACAUGGGGCUGGAGGCCCAGAGGCUGCCAGGGGCUGAGGAGGCCCCAGUGAGGGUGGCCCUUCGAGUCCGCCCAUUGCUGCCCAAGGAGCUGCUGCAUGGGCACCAGAGCUGCCUGAGGGUGGAGCCGGGGCACGGCCAAGUCACUUUGGGCCGGGACCGCCACUUUAGCUUCCACGUAUUGCUGGACGAGAACGCCGGGCAGGAGGCUGUGUACCAGGCCUGCGUGCAACCCCUCCUCGAGGCUUUUUUUGAGGGCUUCAAUGCCACCGUCUUUGCCUACGGUCAGACAGGCUCCGGGAAGACGUACACCAUGGGGGAGGCCAGUGUGGCCUCCCUUCAUGAGGACGAGCAGGGCAUCAUCCCACGGGCCAUGGCCGAGGCCUUUAAGCUGAUUGAUGAGAAUGACCUGCUUGACUGUCUGGUGCACGUGUCCUACCUGGAAGUGUACAAGGAGGAGUUCCGAGACCUGCUGGAGGUGGGCACCGCCAGCCGUGACAUCCAGCUUCGGGAAGAUGAUCGUGGGAAUGUUGUGCUGUGUGGAGUGAAGGAGGUGGACGUGGAGGGCCUGGAUGAGGUGCUGAGCCUCCUGGAGAUGGGCAAUGCAGCACGGCACACGGGGGCCACACACCUCAACCGCCUCUCCAGCCGCUCACACACUGUGUUCACCGUGACCCUGGAGCAGCGGGGGCGCGCCCCCAGCCGCCUCCCCCGACCUGCUGCGGGCCAGCUGCUCAUCUCCAAGUUCCACUUCGUGGACUUGGCGGGCUCAGAGAGGGUGCUCAAGACAGGCAGCACAGGCGAGCGGCUCAAGGAGAGCAUCCAGAUCAACAGCAGCCUCUUGGCGCUGGGCAACGUCAUCAGCGCCCUGGGUGACCCCCAGCGCCGCGGCAGCCACAUCCCCUACCGGGACUCCAAGAUCACCCGGAUCCUCAAAGACUCCCUGGGCGGGAAUGCCAAGACAGUGAUGAUCGCCUGCAUCAGCCCUUCCUCCUCAGACUUCGAUGAGACUCUCAACACCCUCAACUACGCCAGCCGCGCCCAGAACAUCCGCAACCGCGCCACUGUCAACUGGCGGCCCGAGGCCGAGCGGGCGCCCGAGGAGGCACCCGCUGGCCCGCGGGGGCCGCCUAGACACCGCUCGGAGACGCGCAUUAUCCACCGCGGUCGGCGCGCCCCUGGCCCCACCGCCGCCUCCGCUGCGGCCGCCGCCCGCCUGGGCGCCGAGUGCGCUCGCUACCGGGCCCGCACCGACGCAGCUUACAGCCUCCUGCGCGAGCUACAGGCCGAGCCCGGGCUGCCUGGCGCCGCUGCCCGCAAGGUGCGCGACUGGCUGUGCGCCGUUGAGGGCGAGCGCAGCGCCCUAAGCUCCGCCUCUGGGCCCGACAGCGGCAUCGAGAGCGCCUCCGCCGAGGAGCAGGCCAUGCAGGGACCCGGUGGACAAAAGGAAGAUGAGGGGGCACUGCAGCUGCUGGCCCUGCAGAGCCAGGUGGCCCGGCUGGAGGAGGAGAACCAAGACUUUCUGGCUGCACUGGAGGACGCCAUGGAGCAGUACAAACUGCAGAGCGACCGGCUUCGUGAACAGCAGGAGGAGAUGGCAGAGCUGCGGCUGCAGCUGGAGCUGGUGCGGCCUGGCUGGGGGCCCCCAGGGCUCUUGCAGGGCUUGCCUCCUGAAUCCUUUAUGCCCCGGCCUCACACGGCCCCCCUGGGGGGUGCCCACACCCGUGUGCUGGGCAUGGUGCCCCCUGCCUGCCUUCCUGGAGAUGAAGUUAGCCCUGAGAAUUGGGGAGAGCAGGUGACAAAUGGCGGGGAGGCUGGAGCCAAGUUGCUGGCAGAGGCAGAGAGGCUGGGAAGUCGCUGUUCAGCUGCAUCAGAGGAAGAGGAGGAGGGGGGUGAGGAGGAGCCACCCCGACGGAUCCUGCACCCACGCAGGAAUAGGAUCAGUAAGGGGAGCCAGAGGACGGGGGCCUGCCCAGGGAGUCCACUCAACAGGAAGGGCCCAGAGCUUCGCCUGGAGUUGCUGGGUGCAACCGUCCCGGGGCCCAGAGGUGAGCUGGUGGUUGGUGGGAGCCAGGCCCUGGUUCGGCCCCUCCAGGCCCCCACUGCCAUGGCCUCUGAGUGGCGGCUGGCCCAAGCCCAGCAGAAGAUCCGUGAGCUGGCCAUCAACAUCCGCAUGAAGGAGGAGCUCAUAGGCGAGCUGGUCCGCACAGGGAAGGCGGCCCAGGCCCUGAACCGCCAGCACAGCCAGCGCAUCCGGGAGCUGGAGCAGGAGGCAGAGCGGGUGCGGGCUGAGCUGAGUGAAGGCCAGAGGCAGCUGCGGGAGCUUGAGGGCAAGGAGCCCCAGGACGCCAGCGAGUGUUCGCAGCUCCAGGAGUUCCGCAAGAGGGUUGCUGCUGCUCAGAGCCAAGUGCAGGUGCUGAAGGAGAAGAAGCAGGUGACAGAGCGGCUGGUGUCGCUGUCGGCCCAGAGCGAGAAGCGGCUGCAGGAGCUGGAGAGGAAUGUGCAGCUCAUGCGGCAGCAGCAGGGGCAGCUGCAAAGGCGGCUUCGUGAGGAGACAGAGCAGAAGCGGCGCCUGGAGACAGAGAUGAACAAGCGGCAGCACCGUGUCAAGGAGCUGGAGCUGAAGCACGAGCAGCAGCAAAAGAUCCUGAAGAUCAAGACAGAAGAGAUUGCGGCAUUUCAGAGGAAGCGGCGCAGCGGCAGCAACGGCUCUGUUGUCAGCCUGGAGCAGCAGCAGAAGACUGAGGACCAGAAGAAGUGGUUGGACCAGGAGAUGGAGAAGGUCCUACGGCAGCGGCGGGCACUGGAGGAGCUGGGGGAGGAGCUCCACAAGCGGGAGGCCAUCCUGGCCAAGAAGGAGGCCCUGGUGCAGGAGAAGACAGGGCUGGAGAGCAAGCGCCUGCGGUCCAACCAGGCCCUCAACGAGGACAUUGUGCGUGUGUCCAGCCGGCUGGAGCACCUGGAGAAGGAGCUCUCCGAGAAGAGCGGGCAGCUGCGGCAGGGCAGCGCCCAGAGCCAGCAGCAGAUCCGCGGGGAGAUCGACGCCCUGCGCCAGGAGAAGGACGCGCUGCUGAAGCAGCGGCUGGAGAUUGACAGCAAGCUGAGACAGGGCAGCCUGCUAUCGCCUGAGGAGGAGCGGACACUGUUCCAGCUGGAUGAGGCCAUCGAGGCCCUGGACGCUGCCAUCGAGUACAAGAACGAGGCCAUCACGUGCCGCCAGCGGGUGCUGCGGGCCUCGGCCUCCUUGCUGUCCCAGUGCGAGAUGAACCUCAUGGCCAAGCUCAGCUACCUCUCAUCCUCGGAGACCAGAGCUCUACUCUGCAAGUACUUUGACAAGGUGGUGACGCUCCGAGAGGAGCAGCACCAGCAGCAGAUUGCCUCCUCGGAGCUGGAGAUGCAGCUGGAGGAGCAGCGGAGGCUGGUGUAUUGGCUGGAGGUGGCCCUGGAGCGGCAGCGCCUGGAGAUGGACCGCCAGCUGACCCGGCAGCAGAAGGAGCACGAGCAGGAUAUCCAGCUCCUCCUCCAGCAGAGCCGAGACCACCUUGGUGAAGGGUUAGCAGACAGCAAGAGGCAGUAUGAGACCAGAAUUCAAGCUCUGGAGAAGGAGCUGGGCCGCCACAUGUGGAUCAACCAGGAACUAAAACAGAAGCUCAGUAGUUUGAAUGCUGCCGGCCAGAGCAGGGUGACAGGUGGGGAGAAGAGGACCCUGUGCCUGGAGAACAGACAAGCCCCUGGAAGUGAAGACGAGCCCCACCCAGCACCUGAGCCUCUGUGGCAGCCCCCUGUCACUGAGGGUGUGCCCCGUGCCCGUGAGGAGAUGCGGGACUUGGUCCAUGCCCCAUUACCAUCGACAUGGAAACGCUCGAGCCUGUGCAGCGAGGAGCAGGGUUCCCCUGAGGAGCUACGGCAGCGGGAGGCCGCUGAACCCUUGGUGGGGCGGAUGCUACCUGUGGGUGAGAUGGGUCUGCCCUGGAACCUCGGGCUCUUGCCCAAGCCCCGGCGGGAACUGCGAAGGACCAGCCCAGGGAUGAUUGAUGUCAGAAAAAACCCCCUGUAGGCUCUUGGGGCAGAGCCGGUCUUGGAGGGAAAUUUGGAGCCUGCUGAAAGUUGUGAUGUUGACGCUCCCUUCUGUGAAGCAGUCCUUACCUCAAACUCUGAAUCAGGUGCUGAUCUUUCUAAUUGGAGUCAACAAAUUUGGGCCACAGCCCAGAACUGUAUAAAAAUGAUGCAGAUUCCUACCAUUCAUUUCCUUUAAGCUGCAAUACCCAAUUGCCACCUUUUGGCUUCUUAAAAUUUUUUUUCUUUCAUAUUAGAGUAUAGGUGAUUUACAGUGUUGUGUUAGUUUCAGGUGUCCAGCAAAGUGAUUCAGUUAUACAUAUACAUAUAUCCAUUCUUUUUCAGAUUCUUUUCCCAUAUAGGUUAUUACAGAUUAUUGAGUAGAGUUCCCUGUGCUAUAUAGUAGGUCCUUGUUGAUUAUCUAUGUUAUAUAUAGUAGUGUGUAUAUGUUAAUCCCAAACUCCUAAUUUAUCCCUCCCCUUACCUUUUCCCUUUGGUAACUGUAAAUUUGUUUUCAAAGUCUGUGAGUCUGUUUCUGUUCUGUAAAUAAGUUCAUUUCUAUCAUUUUUUUAGGUUCCACAUAUAAGUGAUGUCAUAUGAUAUUUGUCUUUGACUUAUUACUUCACUUAGUAUGAUAAUCUCUAGGCCCAUCCAUGUUGCUUCAAGUGGCAUUAUUUCAUUCUUUUUUACGGCUGAGUAAUAUUCCAUUGUAUAUAUGUACCAUGUCUUUAUCCAUUCCUCUGCCGAUGGACAUUUAGGUUGCGUCCAUGUCUUGGCUAUUGUAAGUAGUGCUGCAAUGAACGUUGUGGUGCAUGUAUCUUUUCAAAUUAUGCUUUUCUCUCAAUAUAUGCCUAGGAGUGGGAUUGCUGGAUCAUGUGGUAGCUCUAUUUUUAGUCUUUUAAGGAACCUCCAUACUGUUCUCCAUAAUGGUUGUAUCAAUUUAUAUUCCCACCAACAGUGUAGGAGGUUUC